UGUCUUGUUUUCUACUUGGCCAAAGAUUAACUCAUUCGUAAAUUUAAAAGUAAAUAAGAGUUUGUGGGUUUGAAAUGUCAGUCUGCACAGCAGAUGAGAUUGCAGAGAAGCGGCGCAUCGCACUAGCCAAGCUGCAGGCUAAGAAAAACCAAGCACCAGCCGUAAAUUCAAACACAAAGCCCGCCACAAAUGUCAACGAACAAUUGGGCGCAAAAUCCGCGUCGAGAUUUUACAAUUCGCCGCCUCAAAACAAUACGAAAACAGUAAAUAAUAAUAACAACAAUGUUAGCCAAAACAAGAGCUCAUCCUUUCUGAAUGCGCUCAAAGCCAUAAAGACCACGAGUGCGCGUGAAUUAGGCCGCGUCGCCGCUCAUCCAUACCAGCGCCCCAAUGGAGGAAGCAAACCCACACUCUGCCUGAGUCCGGAGAAGGAACAGCCGCAGCAGCAGCUGGCGUCUGUUUUUACAAAGUCGAUUAGUUGUAAAGUGUAUUUGAUAAGCCCUCAACGUUUCGCUGUUGUGCCUUCCGGCUACCAUCAGCAGUUAAUUGAAGUCUUUAAGAACAUUCCGAGUAAAUCGUAUGAUCCACAAACCCGUAACUGGGAUUUCGAUCUCAAGGAUUACCAGCUGCUGCAGCAGCAUGUAGGAGAUCUUAAACCGAAUGUGGUGAUUGGCACGAUACCCAAGAAAGUCAUUGAUCUCUGCAAGCAGCCGGCGAAGCCCUUGGAGAGGAGUGUCUUGGCCUCCAUUGAGCCAAAGCUGGCCGAGAAGCUGAUGCCCUUCCAGGAGGAGGGCGUGUGCUUCUCCAUAGCUCAGCAGGGACGCGUGAUGAUCUGCGAUGAAAUGGGCCUGGGCAAGACUUAUCAGGCGCUAGCAGUAGCAGACUACUUCAGGGAGGAUUGGCCUUUGCUCAUCUGCACGACGGCCAGCACACGCGACGCCUGGGCCAUGCAUAUAACAGAACUCCUGCCCUCUGUGCCGGUUCACUGCAUCCAGCUGCUGACCAACAGCAAUAUGUAUGUGGUGGAUGCCAAGAUUCUGAUCACCAGCUACAACAUGAUGGAGCGCUAUAUGGAUAAGCUAUUAGAGCGCAAGUUCGGCUGCGUCAUCUACGACGAAUCGCACACGCUGAAGAAUGGCAAAGCCAAGUGCACAGCCGUGGCCAAGCGGCUGGCCGAUCAGGCUAAGCGCGUAAUCCUGCUCUCUGGCACUCCGGCUCUCUCCCGUCCCCUGGAGCUCUUCACACAGAUUCAGCUCGUGGACAGUCGCUUUAUGAACUUCAUGGAGUACACCUCUCGCUAUUGUGAUGGCAAGCAAAGCCAUUUCGGCUGGGAUGCCAACGGACAAUCGAAUCUGGACGAGCUAAAGGUCGUCCUGAAACUCAAAUAUAUGCUCAGGCGCACCAAGGCGGAGGUGCUGCCACAGUUGGCAGAGAAGAAUCGCGAAACAGUUGUGCUCGAUCCCGCUUUGGUUUGGACAAACGAUGCUGCAAAGAGCUCUUGCACGGAGCUCAACAACGAGCUCCAAAAGGCCAAAGGCAAGUCGCGCGAGGAGGUGCUCCUGCGUUUCUAUGCGCGCACGGCGGAGGUGAAAACGAAGGCUGUUUGCGCAUAUUUAAAAACGUUGAUCAAGGAAAAGCUAAAGUUCAUCAUCUUUGCACAUCAUCGCAUUAUGAUGGAUGCGAUAUGUGAUGCUCUGCGAUCCCUUAAAGUUUCCUUCAUACGCAUCGAUGGGCAAACGCGCAGCGAUGUCCGAGCCGGCUAUGUGGACACCUUCCAGAAAUCGAGCAGCUGCAGGGCGGCUGUCCUGUCGCUCAAGGCCUGCAACUCGGGCAUAACGCUGACGGCAGCGGAAAUUAUUGUAUUUGCAGAGCUCGAUUGGAAUCCUAGCACCCUGGCGCAGGCGGAGAGUCGCGCGCAUCGCAUUGGCCAAACGAAGCCAGUGGUCUGUCGCUAUCUGAUGGCCAAUCAAACGGCGGACGAUACCAUUUGGAACAUGCUGAAGAACAAGCAGGAGGUGCUGAGCAAGGUGGGAAUCUUUGCCGAGAAUCUGCAGCAUGCCACGCACACAGCCGCGCCCACAACUUCAAGCAAGAUUGAGCAGUAUUUCUCGCCAAACAAGCCCAAGUCGGAGACAAGCGCAGCCGAGGCACAAACCAAAGAGGAUACUGAGAGCCGCGUGAAGGAGAAGGACAUAAUUGUGGAUAGCGAAAAGGAUAUAGCUGCUUUCUUUAAUGAUGAUGAUGAUGAUGAUGCAUUUAAGGAUUUAAUCUUUUGAUGGUUCCGUUUUACACUAUAUAAUUUA